AAACAAGCAUGGGGGGGGGUGGGGAAUCUGUGAAAUACGUAAACGUAAACACUUCACUGACAGAGCGAUCACAUGUUUUGAAGUUAUAUCUAUCCUCUCAUUUGGGGUAAAGACGAAGAAAGCACGCUUAAUAGUGUCAUACUUUUAUAAUAACUGAAUUUUAAAAGAGAAUGAUUAUUCUAUAUUUUUCUAUCGUGUUUGUUUUUACCUAUUUCCCAGACACAAACUGUGAGAGUAUUUUUAAAUCAGCCGAAUGUUUUUCCUUGUCUGGUCCGUGGAAAUCAGUGAAUUUAAAUGGAAGUUUAACUGUUAAAUCCAAUGUUCCUGGUAGCAUUUAUACAGACUUGUAUAACAACAAUAUCAUUCAAGACCCUUACUUCCAAUCGAAUGACGUCCUCUAUAGUUGGAUAGGAAGAGAUAGUUGGACCUUUCAGAAAGAUUUUCAAGUUGAGUGUCAUUUGCUGCAAAAAGACAGAAUCUUACUACUUGCUCAUGGAAUUGACACUGUUAGUAAAAUAUAUUUGAAUGGAAAAAUGAUUGGCUCUACUGAUAACAUGUUUAUUCGAUACCAGUUUGAUGUGAAACCUUUCCUAAAGAACAACAGCACAAUAAGGAUUGCAAUAGAAUCCCCAGUGGCAUAUGCUUUGGAAAAACAUAAGAUACAACUCUUGGACUAUGUUAUUCCUCCUACCUGUCCACUCCCUGUUCAGAAUGGAGAGUGUCACGUGAACUACAUCAGAAAAAUGCAGAGCUCUUUUAGUUGGGACUGGGGACCUUCCUUCCCUACGCAAGGAAUUUGGAAGCCAAUAGAAUUAAUUGGUUUUGAUUCCCUCAUUAUUGAAAAUGUACUUGUACAGGCCAAUUUUCAAGAUUAUGUAACUGUGAAAAGUAUGACUGUUACAAUAUACAUGACAACUGUGGAUAGUAAAUCUAUUGAUGGAAUAUUUGAAAUUUAUUUGAAUGAUUCACUUAUUUUGCAAUCUCGGACAAUGGUUAUUCCUGAAAAAAAUUUAGAGGCCAAGAAAAUUUUUAAAAUCAAUUUACCUCAGAGUUUAGGAAUAAAGCUGUGGUGGCCGAAUGAAUUAGGUGGACAGAACCUCUAUUCUUUGAAUGUAUAUUUCUCAAGUGUUAAAGAAAAUGCUUCAAAGUCUAUACAGAUAGGUUUCAGAUCUAUUGAAUUAAUUCAAGAACCUGUUGCAAAUUCUUCUGGUUUGAGCUUUUACUUCCGGGUAAAUGGGGUGCCAUUUUUUGCAAAAGGAUCCAACUGGAUCCCUGCUGAUAGUUUUCUGGAACGGAUCACUCAUGAAUAUGUGGAAGAUCUCCUUCAGUCGGCUAAAGACGCUCAUAUGAAUAUGUUGAGAGUUUGGGGAGGUGGAAUAUAUGAGACAGAUCAUUUCUAUGAGACAGCAGAUAGGUUGGGUAUACUUAUUUGGCAAGACUUCAUGUUUGCUUGUUCUCUGUACCCAACUGAUGAUGAUUUCAUUGCAAGCGUCAGCACAGAAAUUACUCAGCAGGUACGUCGACUGCAACACCAUGCUAGUAUUGCAGUUUGGGCUGGCAAUAAUGAAAAUGAGCAGGCUAUAGCUGGUUCUUGGUGGCCUGCUGUGAAAGAUAAUUUAGAACAGUACAAGAUAGAUUACAUUCAUUUAUAUAUAAAAACAAUUAAACCGAUUGUGGAAAGAGAAGAUCCGACUCGUACUUUUCUACCAUCAAGCCCUUCGAAUGGUCCCAAAACUGAAGAGGAAGGUUGGAUUUCUAUGAAUCCGCAGGACGAACAGUUUGGGGAUGUACAUUUCUACACGUACACUGCUCCAGAGUGGAAUGACACAUAUUUUCCUAAUCCAAGGUUUGCAUCUGAAUAUGGAUUUCAGUCUUAUCCAUCCUUUGAGUCAUUUUCAAAAGUUUCUACCCCUUCAGAUUUGGUUUAUCCAUUCUCUGACUUCAUGAAACAUAGACAACACCAUAUGUUUGGUAAUCUUGAAAUUGAAAGAAUGAUUCUGGAGCAUUUCAAGUUACCUUCAAAAGAUUGUGGUGUUCAAGGAUUUAAGGAUGUUUUGUACAUGUCACAGAUUGUUCAAGCAGUUGCAAUUAAGACUGAAACUGAAAAAUAUCGUCGUAAUCAAGAUGAAAUUAUUAACGGCUAUGGGAAAACUAUGGGUGCUCUGUACUGGCAACUAAAUGAUAUUUGGCCAGCACCGUCUUGGUCCUCAAUUGAAUAUGGUGGAAGGUGGAAAAUGUUGCACUAUUAUGCAAAAAAUUUCUUCUCACCUGUUCUUGUGUCACCCUAUGAAGAGAAUGGAAUGGCUAUUGCAAAAGUGAUAUCAGAAUUACCUACGAGUGCACCCUUGACUCUCAAUGUAUCUAUCUAUGAUUGGUCACAGUUGAAACCACUAUAUUCACAAGAAAAUUCUUUCACUCUGUUGCCUAAAUCCUCCCAAGUUGUCUUUCGACAUAAUAUAGAUGGACCUGAUGGUUUACUCUCCAAGAGUGGUUGCCUCAGCAGAAACCAUUGCUUUGUGAGUUUUAAUCUAUAUGAGAGUGAAGGCUUAUCUCUAGCAUCAUCUAACACACUUCUACUCAGUGAAUUUAACAGUGCAGUGGGGAUGCAGAAGCCUAAUCUAACAAUAACUUCUAUCAGUGGACCAUUUAAAACGGAGAGUUCAGAUUGUUCCUACAAGAUUUCCCUAACAACAGAUUAUGUGGCACCAUUUGUUUGGUUAGAGAUGUCGGAUAUACCAGGGAGAUUUUCUGAAAAUGGAUUUUUCUUAAUCAAUUACAAAGCUGAUGUUACAUUUUAUAGUAAAAACUGUCCUAAAAAAUCUGAUAUUACUGAAAAUUUAACUGUUAUGUCUCUGAAAAAUACUUGUGCCAAUAGAUAAUUAUAGGUUUAUAAUAGUUUAAAAAAAAUUAUAAAUUUAAAUAGUUAAGACAUUUAUUAUAAAUGUAUAAUAAGUCAAAACUUUUACUUAAAAUGUGUCAAUUUAGUUAAACCAGAAAAUUGCCUUUGAGAUACUCAUUGUUUGUGACAUAUUAAUGGCAGAAAUAUUUCUGUCAUUUUUAACUUGACCUACAUCUUUUAAAAUAACUUCUUUUUAGAAAUCAUACUUAGGUAGAACUAAAUAAUAACUUAUAUUUUUUACAAUGAAUAUCUAGAAUAUUUGUUUCUACUUAUGAUUUGCAGCAUUUCUACAAAAAUUUAACUUCUUCUACUUGAUUUUCUCGUUUGUUUUAUUUGAUGUCUGUGGCUUUAUUCAUCAAAAUAUAUUAUUAAUAACAACAAUGUCUUACAUAUACAUAUGUUGUGUAAGUUAUGUUAACUUCACAAAACAUUAAGUUUCCCUUAAUUGUUCAACUUUUUUUUUUACAAUCUUUUUAAACAUUGUUUUAUAUAGAUAUCUUAGUAUUAAUGGUCAUGUUAACUAUUUACGGAACAUAAAUAUUCCCUUACAUUAGACUAUUUUUCUCCUUUUUUUUAUUUUUUAAUAGUUUUUUUUUAAUAUAUCUGAUAUACAUAUAUUUUAUGGUCAUAUUAACUAUUCAAAAAACAUUAGCUUUAUCUUACUGUCUUCCUAUUUCUUUUUUUUUUUUACUAUGUAGAAUAUUUUGCUCACACAUAAAAUUUCUAGUCAUGUAAUUAUUCUUAUUAAGGUCAAAUUAGCUGUUCUUAACUUAAGAAUCAUAUGUUAUAUUUUUGCUUUAUUCAUUUAAAAGCUCAUUUUUUAAAUAGUUUUGUAAUUUUAUCUUUCAUUGGUUUAUUUUUCUUAAUUUUAUUCACUCGUUUCUCAACUUUUUUGGAUAUUUUUACUUAAAAAUAUUUUAUCGAUCUGGAAUGUUCCACUUAUACAUUUGUUUUUUGGUCUUUUUGUAUAUUUAUUUUAAUUAAGGUUAUUAUUGGUUCACAUUUUUUAUUAGUUUUGUAACAUUGAAUUAUUUAAAUAUUUCCUUUAUUUUCUGCCUUAUCAAUUUCAUCUAUGCUGAAUAUAAGUUAUUUUUUAUUUAAUUAGUUUAUUUUCUUUUUAAGAAUUAAAUCAAAUAAAUGAAUGAAUUUAUUUUUAGAAAGCAAAUUUCUUUUCAUAAAAAAUUAUUAUGAAGAUUGCCAUGAUUAUUAUGAAGCUGCUAUUUAAACUUAUUUUUGAUGCUAUCAAUUUAUCAUUUUUAUGAUGCUAUUUAUUUGUUAGAAUUAUUUUUAUUUCAAGACUUAAUUUUUAUCUUAAACCAACUAAAAUAUAGUUUUUUUUUUAAUCCAACAGGCAACAUUCUUGUCAAAAAUAUAUAUAGAAACAACGAGCUUUAACAUGUGUCUUCACAUUUUAAUUUACUAUUGUUAUGCCCGAAAAUUUAUAAACUGAAUUUCAGUAUUCAACUAAAUUUCCAUUUUAUAUCUACUAUUGUUAAAGGGCUGUAGUUAUAAAUCUAAGUCUCAAUAAAUACAUUUCCUCAGUUGUAAAAAAGAAGUUGGUCCAUGUGACUUUACAUUAUUGUAUGCAUUUUAAAUAAAAUAAAAUUUUAUUCUUUUGGAAUUUUCUAAAUUAAAGUUUUGAUAAAAUGAGGGUUUUUUUAAGUAAGGGCUGUUUUGUUGUGUAUGCCAAAACGUGAAUCGUGUGUCGCAACGAGUGCUUGGCAACAGAGCUUAGUUACAGCUGUGUAGGUAAAUUUUACGAUCAGUUCUGUGUUGUUAAAAUGUUCAAAUAAAAAAAUCGCCCACAAUGCAUGAAAUAGAUUGAACAAUGAUGCCUUUUUUAUCGGCAAAAAACCAGUCUGCUGCAUACAUUUACGUAUGCGUAUAAUUCAUAUGGCAGUUAUAAGUUUAGCAGUCUCGAUUGUUUGAAAAAAAAGCAACAUCCUAAUAACGUGACCUCUUGGUUACCGGAGCAAGCGGUAAGUUUGUAUGAAGAGGGUAUUCUAAAUCUAGUUGUAAGGUAUGAUAAGUGUUUGAACAAAUUUGGCAACUAUGCUGGAAAAAAAAGAUAAUAUGUAGAAUUGAUUGUAUGCAGAAUCUGAAAGUAAAUUUACAUCUUGAUAAUUUUCUUUCGUUUGGUUUUUAUUUUCAAACGGCCCUUACUUAAAAAACGAUCCUCGUAUCAUUUAAUUCGUUAAUCAAUUCUUUAAUUUAUAUAUUUAAAAAUUUUAUUCAUUUUUAUAGCUUUGUCGUAUGUAAAUCAAAAUUAUAUUUAAGCAAAGCAAAAACGAAAAAUGGUAUUUUAAUCUAGGAAAUUAUUAUUUAGGAAGAUGGGCUUAAAACAUAUAUACAGAACAUAACGUUGUUAACAUUCUGUGAAUAAAUGUUUCUUACAUAGA